AGACACCAAAACAGCUGUACAAGUUUCUUCUUCGUUCGUGUGAACAAUUACCCAGUGCUCCCCAGGCAUUUUACAAACACUCGAUCAAGCAGAGUUUUAAACAACAUGUUAAUGAGCCAGACCCUGAGAGAGUAAAACAAAUUAUGGAAAAAUCCCUGAGUGAUGCUGAAUGGUUCUUCAAGAAGUACAAAAUCGACGUGAACGUUCUCUUAUCAAAAACCUUCAAAUAAUACAUCAGGCCCCCAAGAAAGCCAUGGAAUUCCUCGAUUUAUCAGCUCAAAAGCUCAAUGGGCCCCUUGAACAAUUCUGGAAGACAAUUGAAGUCUGGAUAAACAACCCUCACUUAAUUAAUCGUCGAGUUUUAUCCUCAGUCACCCUCUGGAGAUUUCAACUGGCCCGUAACGAGGAAAACUUCCUCGACAAAAUCGAAAAUAUUUCUUCAGACCACUUGUCUCCAGUCCUCUCGGACAUUUUUCCCCAGAAUUCACUACAAAAGGACGUGAAUCCAUUUGAAAAUCCUGAAAACAAUUAUCUACUCGUCAGAAAAUUAUUUCCCCGUGAUGAAGCCAAUUAUUCCACAACCCUUGAUUUUUUUAUCCUGGAUGGGCCCAACACCUCUGUCACGUGGGCCUCGAGGAAUUUAAACCCAGAGAAACGAUCUCUAGGCUUUCGAGUCCCCUGCAGGAUCAUUAUGCAGGAAUCAACUAUUAAAUUAUCUGUUGGAAAUAAUUCAAAUGGAUCUAUAGACAACGGAAACGUCACUUGGUUGAAGGAGAGACUGUUCCCUAAACUGAUAAAGUGGAUUGAAGCUGAUCCUCGGAGGAAUACUCUGGUUGAUGGAUCGUUAAACCUCGUGUGUCCAGAAGAAUACACGAACUUGUAUAAUACUCUGAAGAAAAAAUAUGGGCCUGAACUUGUAGCAAAGUGGCCUGAGUGCACAGACCCCGCGAAAUUUGUCUACGAAGACGUUGCAAUUGCCUCUUAUUUGAUUUUACUCUGGGAAGAGGAGAGGAGAGACAAGGGAUUUCAUGAGAAACAGUCGUUUUUAGAUCUUGGGUGUGGAAAUGGACUGCUCGUGUAUAUUUUGACGAGGGAGGGCUAUCCAGGGGUUGGGAUUGACCUGCGGCGACGAAAAAUCUGGGAUUUAUUCGCAGACACGAGAUUAGAGGAAAGAAUAAUAAUUCCAUCAUCAAAAUCGCUGUUCCCUGAGACUGAUUGGCUAAUUGGUAAUCACUCGGAUGAACUUACCCCCUGGAUCCCAGUGAUAGCAGCUAGGAGCUCGUACACAUGUAGAUUUUUUCUGUUGCCAUGUUGUGCCCACGAAUUUGACGGUCGGAAAUACCAGAGAGACUCGGCCUCCAGCAGUCAGUACUCCGAGUACCUGAAGUACAUUAAAACAGUCUGUGAGACCUGUGGCUUCACUCCGAAAGUCGAUAGACUACGAAUUCCCUCCACCAAGCGAAUUUGCCUGAUCGGUCAGGCCCGGAAUUACCCCGAGGAAGAGACGCACUCCCAGGACAUGAAAAUCGAGAAAAUGAUCACAGCAAGAUCCCUGAACCCCGCAGGGACCGAGAAAACAAACGAAUGGACGACUGACUUCAAACCUCGAGAGGUUGUCGAGAGGGUCAGGAACUGUACCCAGAUCGAUCGCAACGUCAUCAAGGAGAUUGUGGAGCUGGUGGCCAAGGAACUCCUCCGAAAGACACGAAAAAUCAGUCUGGAUCAUUCAGGAAACUCCGGAAAGCUGUGGAACGCUGGGGGACAGUUGGGACUCGCUGAAAUAGCGAAAAUUGUAACUCCUGAGAGCCUCAAGCAGCUGAAAAAUGAGUGCGGGGGUCUCCAGACUCUCAUUAAAAAUCACAGCCACAUUUUCCAAGUGGUGGAUGGGUCUGUGCAAUUCAGAAUUCCUGGCUCUGCUUCCAAUCCUAAGAGAAAAAAAUCGGGGAGAUCGAAAAUCGUCGUGAGGGUCAAGCCCUGUUGGUUCUUUGGAAAUCAUCCUGACGGCUGUCCUCUGGCUGAUGACUGUUGCAACUUCAAGCACUCGACGCAAACUGAUAUGAGUAAUAAAGUAGUUCGUUAAAUA